ACUGCUGAUCCCGAUGCUCCGUCUCCCCAUGCUGCACUCCGGCUCUCCGCUUCCACGGGAGCCUCAACUCGCACCUCUCCCAACAAAGAGAGUAGUGUUUGUUGAGACUUCCCCGCAGCCAAUCACAGCACCGUUGCCCUUGGUAACCACGUCCAUCAUCUUUUAACGUCCAAUGAGCAACGGGGGCGGGGCGGAGUCCAGGUGCGCCUCGGCGUACACUUGGCAGAGCGCCUGGGAGCCGCCUGUGGGCAGGAGAGGAUCUGUCAAAUGCGAGGUUCCUUUAAUAAGAGCGACCAGUCCGGCUCCGAGAGUCAUGGCGACCGCAGCGUCUAACCACUACAACAUCCUCACCUCCAGCGCAUCCAUCGUGCACUCGGAGCCCGGCAGCAUGCAGCAAGCUACGGCGUACCGGGACGCGCAGAGCCUGUUGCAGAGCGACUACCCGCUGCAGAGCAACAGCCACACGCUCAGCCACGCACACCAGUGGAUCACGGCGCUGUCCCACGGAGAGGGAGCCCCGUGGUCCUCCAGCCCGCUCGGCGCAGAGCAGGACAUCAAACCCGCGGUGCAGGGCGCCCGGGACGAGAUGCACAACUCCAGCAGCAACCUGCAGCACCAGUCGCGACCGCCGCACCUGGUGCACCAGACGCACGGGAACCACCACGACGGCCGAGCGUGGAGAACCACCACCGCGGCGCACAUACCGAGCAUGGCGACGACCAACGGCCAAAGCCUUAUUUACUCCCAGCCGGGCUUCAGCGUGAACGGGCUGAUCCCGAGCAGCGGGCAGGGGAUGCACCACCACAACUUAAGAGACAGUCAUGACGACCACCACAGCCCGCACCUCAGCGAACACGGCCACCCUCCGUCCCAGCAUCAGCACCAGCACCGACCGCAGAGUCACCACGACCACUCGGACGAGGAUACGCCGACCUCGGACGACUUGGAGCAGUUCGCCAAGCAGUUCAAACAACGGAGGAUCAAGCUGGGCUUCACACAGGCGGACGUGGGACUCGCCCUGGGGACCCUGUACGGAAAUGUGUUUUCCCAAACCACCAUAUGCAGGUUUGAGGCCCUACAGCUCAGCUUCAAAAACAUGUGCAAGCUGAAGCCUCUGUUGAACAAGUGGCUGGAGGAGGCGGACUCCACCUCGGGCAGCCCGACCAGCCUGGACAAAAUCGCGGCGCAGGGGAGGAAAAGGAAAAAACGGACUUCAAUCGAGGUAAGCGUAAAGGGAGCUUUGGAGAGCCAUUUUUUGAAGUGCCCUAAACCGGCAGCGUCGGAAAUAAUCACCCUGGCGGACAGUCUGCACCUGGAGAAAGAAGUGGUGAGGGUUUGGUUUUGUAACAGGAGACAGAAGGAGAAACGCAUGACCCCUCCCGGAGGAGCUCUGCCGGGGAGCGAGGAUGUGUACGGGGACACACCGCCGCACCACGGGGUCCAGACCCCGGUCCAAUGAACUCUGCUGGACCGCUCCUCCAGGACUUGUUUAUCCUUUUUAUUUAUCCCCAAGGUUAUAUAUAAAUCACUGGACUAUGACACGAUAUAGUGGGUGUUUUAUGUAUAAUAGAUUGCAGUGAGUAUUUACACAAUAUCUGCAAUGAAUAUCUGAGAAAUGGAAAAUGAGUGAGGGGAGGACAGGACAUUUUUUCCUCUCCCAGAGCUAAAGGAACAUAAGCCUGUGUUGUGUUCUCCGAGGAUACAUGCCCAGCACUGUGACUCCAGUCGACGCAGUUUCAAGGUGUAGCCCCUAUUGUGUAUUGAAACCAUACUUGACGAAAAAAAAGAGGGAGGGGAAGGAGGGUAUCUGGUUUUAGACGUAAAGCAUAGCUGAAUGGUUUCCAUUCGCCACUUUUAUAUCAAAUCCAACACAUUUUUUUCCUGUGCGUAAAAGGGAAAGCAAAGGCAGAGGCGUUUAGUUUUGUAGCUCUAAAUUGUGCGUCCAGCGGUGAUGGGUGGGUGGGUGGCGCAGUGGGGUCAAAGGAGCUGCGUUAAUGGAGUAAACUGGAGGCCAGUAAAGCUGCAGCCCCAGUCCAGUGGAGUCCAGCUGAGGGUGAGCAUCGCCCGAGUCCCAUCUGUCAGCCAGGCAGCACAGAGCCGCUUUGCAUUAAAAACACUGCUGGGAAACUGCAGGCCAUUCAGCUCUUAUUUAUUCUGUGAGGACUAUGGUCAGGAUUUAGUUACCAACACAGAUUAUUAUUAUUAUUAUUACUAUUAUUAUUAUUAUUAUUAUUAUUAUUAUUACUACUACUACUACAUGUGUGCAGCUCACUGGCUGAACUCUUCAGUAAUUGGCCUGGUUGCAGUGAUGUGGUAAAUAAAAGAGUACGACCUCUAUCAUAAGUCAAACAGCAGUAUAAACAAAAAGUCCGUUAUAUUUUUCAGAAACCAAGCGUUAAAUAAUAAUACGAACCCCUCAGAGAGUCUCCCAGCUCCAGGAAGGGCUCCGUGGCGAUUGACUGGAUUAUCUGGCACUUUUCCACAACAGGAUGGGCUAUAGAUAUACAGAUAUCUACAAAAAUAUAUGUCACCAACUCUCACAGAACAUUUGGAUCCACUUUUGUAAAUAUUGUAUAACUUUAAAAGUCAUGGCUUCAUCCCUUUUUUUUUCUUUCUCUCUUCACUGGGGCACUUUUUGGAUUGAUGUUUUCAAAAACAAGCAGGUUGAGUUUUUUAAAAUCCACUUCUCCUUCAUAGCCUACCUACUGCCUUGUAUUUGUGAGCUAUUUAACGUUCAUUUUGUUGCCGAAAUUAUGCUCGUUUGCAAUUUAAUAAUUUUCUGUGGCGUGUUUCAUUUUGAGUUAAAAUAUUUUUUUAAAAUUCACGUGGAAUCAAUUUAAUUUCUUUAAAUUGUCUAAGGAGUUCUGUUUUGUCAUUUAAUGUCCGCUCUGAAAUUACAUUAGAUUGUGUUUCCAAUCAAAAUAUAGUGCUUUAUGGACUGAAUUCAGAUUAAUCGAUAACACUGUUGUAGUCCACAAAUGAAUCAGACCUGGAAAGGAUAAAAACAGCGAUUACCAUCAUGAUUAGUGUGUUUGAAAAGAAAGAAAAAUAACAAUAAGGCCUUUAAAUUUCUUCCCAAAACACAUUUUGGUUACAUUCCAAAAAUGCAGCAUAUGAUCAAAAUAAUUGUUGUUGUUAUUAUUAUUAUUAUUAUCAUUAUUAUUAUUAUUGUUAUUAUUAUUAUUGGUACUAUUCAUAUGGUAAUAUUUUAAUUUGUUUGUGAGCUCGUUGCCAUGCAUUUCAUUUCAGCCAUUUUGUUCACCUUCGUCUGAGUUGCUUUAUUAUGGGGGAAACUGCUCCUAGACCCUUUAUUUUAUUUUUUAGUUUUGUUAAUGAGAUUGUAAUUUAUUCUACGAUGGUCUUUACAGAGGACACAAAGUGCGAGAUAUAUAUGAAAUGACACCGAGGAGGCUUUUGUUUUGUAGGGACAAUUGGAGACAUAUCUUUUAUUUUUCAGCGGGAUUGCCACAGCCUGGACCAUCACAGCUAAAUGUAUAUACAUCUUUUCUCCGUGCAGUAGCUUGCUUUUUGUUUUAUGCAAAGACAGAUAUCCAGGGAUGUUAUUUUUCUCUCAUGUGGAAACAGCUUUUCUUUUUUUUUCCCUCCCCCUUCCUGAUUUGUGUUCCCCUGCAGAAAACAACAAGCAGAAACGAUCAUGGCAUUGAAAUCUUUCCCCGGUAGCUUUAAUGAAUCGAUCUAAGUCAUAAUUCACUGGAAAUUCAAGUUGUGGGACGUAGACCUGUAGCAAUCCGACGCUGUUUUCCUGUUAUUUUGUUUAAUUGCUUGUUAAACCAGUCGUUUGGUUUUUUGGGGGGAUAUAGGCUAUGUCAUAUUCACUGGAUGAACUUGGGGUAGAUAUAAAGCAGAGGUGAUAAAUGCCUGUAGGUGUUUCAUCACUUGACACAUGAACAACGGACUUGCACAUUUUUAAAUAAUGGGGUUGAUAUUAAACAGCUUUUUUCCAACGUCGAGGCUAAAU